AUGCCUAGAAUAAAUUUGCCAGAUUCUUCUUCUGAUAAUGAUAGUCAAAAUAGUUCUGAAGAUGAAAUUGGUUCAGAGAGUAGAAGUCAACUUGAGAGUAGUUCUGAGAUCAGAAUUAGUAUUCAAAAUAGCUCUGAAAAUAAGUCAGAUUAUGGGUUUUUUGGAGACGCGACUUGCUCAAUUUGCUUUGAUGCAAUCACACAGGAAAAUAUGAAAAUCACAAAAUGCAAACAUAUUUUUCACAAAGAUUGCUUAAAGGCGUGGACAGAUGCGAAAGGUAGAGAUGCGAAAUGUCCUAAUUGUAAUGAGGAAAUUCGUUAG